CCCACUCGCAGCGCCAUGUCGUCGCCCAUGGCCGCGUCGGCUGCCGAAGGCCGGGCAAGCCUUGCUCUCUUAACAGCCAACACCGCUGCGUGCACCAAGAACCCCCAACCCGGGGUCUCAGUACCCGCAUCUGAAAGGCUUCCUGGGGCAGGCGUGCGGAUGAACACGGCCGAGGAGGCCAAAGCGAACGCGAAGCCGCUUCGAACCUUCCCGGCAUUUUCCCUUCGGGCCUCGCGAAAGCAAAACACAGCAGAGCGCGCCUGCGCAGACGCCGCGCUGCGGCCGCGGGGUGGCGCUGUGCGCAUGCGCCCGGGCGGCGCGGUCCUCCUUGGCCCCACCCACCCCGUCGCAGGCCGCUCUAGCCCGCUCUUCUCGCUGCUCCCCCAGGAGGCGGGCGCGCGGCGGGGGUCCCUCCAAGAUGGCGGCGCAGAGGAGGAGCCUGCUGCAGAGUGUGAGGAACCAGCCGGCUCUCCGGGCUGGGGGUUGGCAGCCCCGGGGGGCUGUCGGGUGCAAGAGCGGCUCCCUGGCCGUGGCGAGGAGCAGCAGCCCAGCUGGACAGACGACCUGCCACUCUGCCACCUCUCCGGGGUGGGCUCAGCCUCCAACCGCAGCUACUCCGCUGAUGGCAAGGGCACCGAGAUCCACCCGCCAGAGGACAACUGGCUCAAGUUCAGGAGUGAGAACAACUGCUUCCUGUAUGGCGUGUUCAACGGCUAUGAUGGCAACAGGGUGACCAACUUUGUGGCCCAGCGGCUGUCCGCGGAGCUCCUGCUGGGCCAGCUCAACGCCGAGCACACAGAGGCUGACGUGCGGCGCGUGCUGCUGCAGGCCUUUGACGUGGUGGAGAGGAGCUUCCUGGAGUCCAUCGACGACGCCUUGGCGGAGAAGGCGAGCCUGCAGUCCCAGCUGCCGGAGGGUGUCCCCCAGCACCAGUUGCCAUCUCAGUAUCAGAAGAUCCUGGAGAGACUCAAGGCCCUGGAGAAGGAGAUCUCGGGAGGAGCCAUGGCCGUCGUGGCCGUUCUUCUCAGCAGCAAGCUCUACGUGGCCAACGUCGGUACGAACCGCGCGCUGCUGUGCCAGUCUACGGUGGACGGGCUGCAGGUGACGCAGCUGAACGUGGACCACACCACGGGGAACGAGGACGAGCUCUUCCGCCUCUCGCAGCUGGGCUUGGACGCAGCAAAGAUCAAGCAGGUGGGCAUCAUCUGUGGGCAGGAGAGCACCAGGCGCAUCGGGGACUACAAGGUCAAAUACGGCUACACGGACAUUGACCUGCUCAGUGCUGCCAAGUCCAGACCCAUCAUCGCGGAGCCAGAAAUCCACGGUGCCCAGCCACUGGACGGGGUGACCGGCUUCCUGGUGCUGAUGUCCGAGGGGCUGUACAAGGCCCUGGAGGCAGCCCAUGGGCCUGGGCAGGCCAACCAGGAGAUUGCUGCCAUGAUUGACACUGAGUUCGCCAAGCAGACCUCCCUGGACGCAGUGGCCCAGGCCGUGGUGGACAGGGUGAAGCGCAUCCACAGUGACACCUUCGCCAGCGGCGGGGAGCGUGCCAAGUUCUGCCCCCGGCACGAGGACAUGACCCUGCUGGUGAGGAACUUUGGUUACCCACUGGGUGAACUGAGCCAGCCCACGCCGACCCCGGCCCCAGCUGCAGGCGGCCGCGUGUACCCAGUGUCCGUGCCUUACUCCAGCGCCCAGAGCACCAGCAAGACCAGCGUGACCCUCUCCCUGGUCAUGCCCUCCCAGGGCCAGAUGGUCAACGGGGCCCACAGUGCUUCCACUCUGGACGAGGCCACGCCCACACUCACCAACCAGAGCCCGACCCUGACGCUGCAGUCCACCAACACCCACACCCAGAGCAGCAGCUCCAGCUCCGACGGCGGCCUCUUCCGCUCCCGCCCGGCCCACUCGCUCCCGCCCGGCGAGGACGGCCGCGUCGAACCCUAUGUGGACUUUGCUGAGUUUUACCGCCUCUGGAGUGUGGACCACGGCGAGCAGAGCGUGAUGACGGCGCCGUAGCCCAACUGGCAGCGCAGCUCGAGCAGGGCCUGUCGUGGGGAGGGGGGCUCAGGUUUGCUGACCUUAGCCUGCACCGCAGGGGCGGGGAAGCCCCGUCCUUGGCGGGCACCUGGCUCCCCCAGCUCUUGGGCUGUAGAGCAUGCAAGUUCAGACUGGACCUGGCCCACAGGCCCCCCGAGCUCCUUCAGCAGCCGGGGGAGAGGUCCCCAGGACCACAAGUGCCACACCUGAUGGACAACUGCCCUCAAGGCUGCCACCUCCGCUGGCCGCCGCCGGUCGAACCUCUGCGUGGUGACUGUCACCCUCCUCCAGCCUCUCGGCCCUGUGCCAAAUCCAGGUGUGCCCGCACCCAUCCCUGGUGGUCAGUGGGCAACACUCAGGAAGGCCAGGGCAGCACCAAGGCCCCCGGGGCCCCAGUAAAUAGACCCAGAGGGAACUGGCCUCAGAGAAGCACUGGUCCUGGAGCUGCCACAGAACGGCUGGGGGCUGGGGGCUGGGCCUCUCCAGGCAGAGCCCAGGCUGUGCCGGGCGGGAGGGCCCAGUCGGGGGAGUGGCCACGCCCUGCUGGUGCCAGGGAAGGCAGCAGCCGGGCAGCUGAGAUGCACGACCGCCGCACUGGCGAGGGGGUCACUGCUGGCUCCCAGGCAGUGGCCAGGCCCUGGGCUGCCUGGAGGAGAGGAGGGGAACACAGCCCUGAGGGGCGAGGGUCUGACCAAGGGCUUUAGGGAUGUGCACUGUCCCCACACACGGGGGAGGGACGCGGUCUCCAUGCGCUCUGCCACCAGGGCCUCCCUGGGACUGUGGUUCCUGGCCUCGGAGCAGGAGCAGCCCCGAGACGUGUGCCCCGGUCACACAGCAGCGGCCCACUGGGUUCUGCUGCCUCCGCCCGUCUCCCUGCCCCGGGGUGCCCUGGACACAGCUCAGCCGGGAUUGGCCGCUGCUGUGCAGGCUCCGAGGGCCAGGCGUCUACACAGCUGAAGGCCGUCCUGAGUCCCUGCUCACCCUGUGGGCAGCAGCUGUUCCCCCUGCAGCCGAGCAGGGCCCAGUGCAGGGCUGGGGGAGGCUGGGUCGGCCUGGAUGCCACGGCAGAAGCAGAGGGCACAAUGGGGCUGGGCACAGGGCCUGCUCUGUAGGUGGGCGGGCUGGGAGUCAGUCACAAGGACCCUGGAAGAGAGAAUUGUCGAGAAUGUCCGAGUGCCAGAGCAGUCACUGUUGGUGCAGGACGGAAGCCACAAAGAGGGGAGAUGCACUUGGUGUCCGUGGUGCCGUCUCAGGCCUCCGGGCCGUGGCGGUGCCGGGAGGGGGUCUCCAUGGGAGGCUGCUCCGCCCGGGGCUCCAGCCUUCGCCGCCUGCGGUGCCCUUCGGCCUUGUUGGUGAGGAACAGCCCGUGCUGCUCGUCCGCACAGCACCUGUCGCUGCUCUCUGACUUGGAGCUCAUCCCUCAGAGUGUGUGGCAGGGCAGCGCCGGCUGCCUCGGAGCAAGCCGUGCUCCCCCGUGGCAGAGCGCUGCACCCGCGGGAUCUGCCUCUUCCGCAGCUUCCCUGGCCGUGCCCUGUGGGUCCUGAGAGCCCUUGCAGGUGCCGAGUGCACGGGUUCUCACACGUGGUCCUCGUCAGUGCCAGCCCUGCCCCACGUGCCCGAGGUGGGCAGAUAGCUGACACUGAGCCAGGGACACUGGGUCCCUUGGGUGUUCAGAGUCCCUGACAUGAGAUGGGCGGAGCUGAUACUGACCCUUGGCCCACGUGGCCCGCUCCAGCCUUUGGCCACCUCCCACGGCCUCUAGUGGAAAACACAGGGUUCCCCGAAGCUGGAUCCCAUGGAACCGGAGACCCCAUGCACUGCCUGCUGCCUGUGCCCUUGGCCCUUGAAUACCCGGUUCCUCCCAGAGCCUGACAGCCACAGGUUCAGUAGAGGUCUGGCCAGGACCAGCCCAGGUGGGGCCGGACCUUGGGGCCCCGCUGUCCAGGUAAGGCAGCGCUGUCAGUGAGGGAAGAGGCAGGAGCAGCCACAUGGCCGUGGGGGACACACUCUGGCUGGGCCUCGCUUUCAUUGUCCACGUCUCCACAGGACUGCAGGGUGGGGGCAGUGAGUUAACCCGCCCCCGACGCUGGCUUCCCAUGUGGGUGCCAGUGUAAGUCCCAGCUGCUCCACCUCCGAUCCACCUCCACCUCCGCCCUGCUACUGGCCUGAGGAAGCAGCAGGUGGUGCAGUGUUUGGGGCCCUGCACCUGUGUGGGAGACCAUGAUGAAGCUCCUGGCUUCAGCCCUGGCCAUUGUGGCCAUUUGGAGAAAGAAGCCGUGGUCUCUCCCUGUGGCCCUGCCUUUCAAAUACAUAACUCUUUGGAAUGCAAGAGUGAUUGCAGGAGACGUCUGAGUCUCCAUAGCUGUGGUGGGUGGGAGUCCCCCGCCCACCACGUGGAGCCCACGCCUCUGCCGCGCACAGCGGUCCUGUCUGAGGGAGGCCGGGCCGGGCCCCGUGUGCGCAGGCGCUGGUGCUACCUGCAGCUUCCCUGAGGAGCCCGGCUGCUGGGCAGCGGCCCUGCUUGCUGCUCAGUGGAGCCCUGGGUGGAGGCCGUUGGCCAGGCUCCCAGGUGGCUCCUGUUUGUUCAGUGUUUACUUGAGAGGCAGGGCGCUCUCCCAUCCGCUGCUUCGCUCCCCAGAUGCCCACAAUAGCUGAGACCAGGUUGAGAAAAAGCCAGGAGCUGGGAAUUCGACCCAGGGCUCCCACAGGGGUGGCAGGGACCCGACCAUUUGAGCCCUGCAGUGGCGGGAGCUGGCGGCCGGUACCGAGCACGGGCACGCCAGUGGUGGAGCCCCGACGCCCUAACUGGCCACCUAACGCCCUGGCGAGCACACACCGUGUUCCCUCACGGUGCUGACAGCCUCCUUAAGGGCAGGCUGCCUCUGGCACAGCGCUGAGACUCAGCAGUUCACGGACCACUCCUGCCUCUGGAGACCCCCCCCACCCAGGGCCUGGCCUUGUCUAACCCAGCCUUCCCGGGGCUCGCUCUCCCCGGGGCCUGAGCCCCAGGCUGGCAUCCACAUGGCCAAAUUAAGCUGCGGUUGUCACAUCUGCAAAGCCAUCCUGUGCUUCCGCCUUCCACCUCGUAGCACCUGCUGUGUGGGUUGUUCAAGACUGCUCACCGCCUGCCCCCGACCCCUGGGCCCUUGCAGUCAUCGGGAGUGGGAUGGCCUGGGUGGAGGCUGCACCUGUGUCCCCGAAGCUCGGUAAGAAAUUAGAUGCCUUGGGGCUGCCGCUGUGCCACAACUGCAGGCGCACCACACCAGUGCCAGUUCAAGUCCCAGCUGCUCCACGUCCAGCCCAGCUUCCUGAUAACGCUCCUGGGAAAUGAUAGGCGUGCUGAGUGCUUGGGCCACCGCCACCCAAAUGGAUGACCAGGGUGGAGCUCUGGCUCCUGGCUUCAGUCUGGCCCAGCCCUGGCCGUUGCAGCCAUCUGGGAAGUGAACCAGCAGAUAGAAGAUCACUCUGUCUCCACAUCUGCCUUUCAAAUAAAUAAAUCUUUUGUAAAAAUUUA